GGAGGCGGUGUUCCGAUCUUGGUAGCGGAAGUGGAUUGAUCUGUUCAGAUCGUACACAACCUGGAUGCAUUAUUUUGCACUUCCCAGCCAUAUCCUGCGCUUAUAUAUGUUGCUAAUACUUCCCAAGUACAUCUCGUCAAGGGGCACCCCAGAAGGGGCGAUCUGGGUGGAAGGAGGCCAACAGCAGAAUAUAUGCUGGCGUCAGCGUUAUCCGUCGGCUGUGGUGACUAGUCCAAAGUUCGUAAAUGCAGAUUUGCCGUCUCCACGAUGAACCGCGGCGCACCGGGUGAAGAAUGGCCCGGUUCCGGCGUAAAUCCUGCGCGGCCUCGCUGGCUCUGGUCCUGCUCGUGCUCAUCGUGACCAUCGCGCUUAAGUCACUCGCCCCAGAGGACACGUCGUUCACCGACGGGAAGGAGCCCUCCCUCCGACGGAAGGACGACGCCGGGGUGACCGCCGGGAUGAGCGAAGCCGCCCGGCUGGGCCGGGACGGCGCGUCAGCCGCCGCCGCGCUGAGCAAGUUCCCCCCGCCAAACUACUUCCUCCACGCCUUUUACUACAUCUGGUACGGCAACCCCGGCUUUGACAGCAAGUACAUCCACUGGGACCAUCCGCAGCUGCCCCACUGGGACCCCAAAGUGGCCGAGAGGUACCCGCGAGGCAGGCGCAGCCCGCCCGACGACAUCGCGGCCAACUUCUACCCGGCGCUCGGGGCUUACAGCUCCAGGGACCCGGCUGUCGUGGAGGCCCACAUGCAGCAGCUGCGUACAGCUGCCAUUGGUGUGGUGGCCGUUUCCUGGUACCCGCCCGGCACCAAGGACGACAACGGCGAGCCAGUCGACGACAUCGUGCCGCUGCUGCUGGAUGCGGCGCAGCGCUACGCCAUUAAGGUUGCGUUCCACAUUGAGCCGUACAAAGGACGAGAUGAAGUCAACAUGUACGCCAACAUCAAAUACAUAAUUGACAGUUACGGCGAGCACCCGGCCUUCUUCCGGUACCGCACCGACACGGGGAAGCCGCUGCCCCUCUUCUACGUGUACGACUCGUACCUGCUGAACACGGACCACUGGGCCCGGCUGCUGCGGCGCACGGAGGGCGGCGGCGGCGGCGGCGUCCGCGACACGCCCUACGACGCCGUCUUCCUGGCUCUGCUGGUGGAGGAGAAGCAGCAGCGCGAGGUGCUGCGCGCCGGAUUCGACGGCGUCUACACCUACUUCGCCACCAACGGCUUUACCUACGGCGCCACUUUGCGCAACUGGCGCGCCGUCCGGGCCUUCUGCGACGACAACGGCCUCCUCUUCGUCCCCAGCGUGGGGCCGGGCUACGUGGACACCAACGUGCGCCCGUGGAACUUCCAGAACACCAGGAACCGCAUCAACGGCAAGUACUACGAAACCUCGCUGGGCGCCGCGCUGGACGCCAAGCCCGACCUGGUCUCCGUCACGUCCUUCAACGAGUGGCACGAGGGCACCCAGAUCGAGAUGGCCGUGCCCAAAAGCGGCCCGGCGCUCUAUUUGGACUAUUUGCCCAACAAACCUGCCAUCUACUUGGAAAUUACGCGCAAGUGGGCCGCCAUGUUCGACAGCGAGCGCAGGAGACGUCGCGAUUAAUCUGACCGGGACUUGACUCGCGACAAUAUGCAGAUGGACAACUUUCCGAUGCUCGCCUGUCAGCUUUCCGCAGGCAAUCGGACUCGAGUCCUGCAGGUAACCGCCACCCGCCCCUCCCCGCGACCCACCACCAAAUGAUGCCACAAAGUUGGGACCAAAGCACUUUAGAGAGGAUCAUAAAUCAUUAACUUGCAUCUUGCAUCUAGCGUGUACACAAACAUGAAGCCAUGGUACAUAACUGAAAUCACGUUAAAUUAUUGGACAUACACAAACCACUUUCAUGAGUAUCAGAAAUAUUAUUAUCCAGGAUUAUAGCCUAAAUAACACGCUCGCGCUAACUGAUUUGACGUCACAGGUAUGCUAGCGCUUAACACACAAGCAAUACAAAAGUCGUUUUGGCAUUUACACAAAAAUGUAAAUUUAGGGCAGGGGUGUCGAACUCAUUUUUCUCGCGGGCCACAUUGCGGUUUCCCUCAGAGGGCCGUUAUGACGGGAACAAUACAAAUAUUUCACCGUCUCGUCGUAUUUACAUCAUCAAUUUAUGAUCUACUUUCGGAAUCAGAAAUCAAGGCUGAUGUGUUUUUCAACUAUUCACGUUUGGUAACACAAAAAUGCUUGGAAUAUCUCAACUUUAUCAUUAAUGAUACAUGACAGUUGGAAAUUUUGGUACAGAUUUUUACAAGAAUCGUGGAAAUCGACGCUUUAGAUUUGGCUUCGCGGGCCGCACAAAAUCACGUGGUGGGCCCGACCUGGCCCCCGGGCCUUGAGUUUGACACCUGUGAUUUAGGGAAUAGAGGUCAUUUGUUUCGACAAAAAGACGAGUAUCCGCAUCUGGAGGGAUGCAAAAAUAUACUCGGUCUCACUUUGAUCACCGGUGUUAAAGUCAUGGCGUGGGGGCAGGAUCCGGCCCGCCUUAUCAUUUAUAAGACCUGCAAAAGCAAAUGAUAGCCAUCAACUUCCGCGAUUCAUCCUCAAGACUGUACCAAAAUUGAAAUGAUUUUUAAUAAAUAUCUGCGGCCCGUGGCAAAAAAUGAGUUUGACGCUCCUGACUUAGACGGUGCUUGAGGUGCACUCAAGGACCGCUAACAGGUUAACUCAAACGCGGAAGGAAAACGAACUGAAUUAACGCAAACAUGUCCACAAUAUUACACCAAAGUAAUAAAUCUACACCGAAUCUGUGACUUUGAAUCUGUGUGGCUGUAAAAGGCGGAGCUUAGCAUGUUUUCUGUGAACGAGAGUGCAGACGGCUGUCGCUAGCGCAUCUGAGCCAGUCGCUGCGGUAGGUCAAAUGUGGCAGUAAGCGCUAGUGUAUAACUGUCUUCCCGUUUCUUUAAAACAAUAAAAGUGCACCGGCAGCCGUGUCUUUUCUUGAUUACUUGUGGGGUUAUGAGGAUACAUUCUAAGUAGUAAGCUGUAAUAACAUAAUAAUACACCCUGGGGCGGGGGGGAAAAAAAAAACAUUACAUGGAAAGGUUUUGGCC